AUGGCGACAGCAGAAAGAGAGGUGGCAGAGCUUCUCAAAGAGUCCACAGAGAGCAAAAUCAACACAAAAACAACCUGGAGCUCCACGCUCAUCGACGACUUCUCUAACAUAGAGAGGUUUAAAGAAAAAGAAACAAACAGCGUGAACUUCCAGCAUGCAAGCAUAGUGCUGGACGGGUGCGUGAAGGUGUACAGCACCCGCGUGGACAGCGUGGUGGACGAGGCCGAAAAGCUAAUGGGAUCAGUGGGCCGGGCCAAGGAGCCCGAGCGGCAGAGGGCCCGGGCCAAGGCCCACCCAACAAUAGAGCCAAACCCAGAGGCGAUUCUCAUCAGGCCAAAGAUAGCCUCUGCAGACGACGAAAUACUCGAGUAUCUGGCGCGGGAGUCGAAGGAGGGCGACACGCGAGGGCUGCUUAUGCACCUUCUGAAGUGGAGCGACGCCAAGGGCUUCCACGUGCUGCCCCCCAGUGUUUUCCCCGAAAAAACAGAGCAGAAGAAAGACGCAAGUGCAGGCGAAAGCCCCCAAGCGCUGCAGGACCCGGAAACAGACUUCAGCUCCCUCCACGCAUCGAUGCACAUGGGAGGCGCAAGAAAGCACAUCAGCCCCAUGUUUUCUGCGUUCACCCCCGACAAGUCCGUGGACGAGCUGGUUCUCCCCACAUACGCAUACCACAUCAGCUACGACACAGAGCCGCUGGAGUACGCGUACAGGGCGGGGGCCGACGCAUUUGGCGAGUAUGCAAUGUGCGGAGAAAGCGUGCCGGCAGAGGACAGCGAAAGCGGAGAGCGUGCAGAGGCGCCGGAGGAGCACAGCAGCCUGGGCCAGGCGCCUGCAGCCGAAGCACGGCCCAGCAAGGAGGAGCUGCGCCUUGUGUAUACGCCGUUUGGGUACUCAAAGGGCUGGGCGGGCCCGUCGCACUGGAAGGUGCGCCCCCAAAGGCGGAUGAGGGAAAGAGAAAAGCCGGAGGGGAAGGAGAAGAAAAAGGCGGUCAUAGACUUUCUCACAGACACACACCUCCCGAUAUCCGCGCUUUUUGAGCGGGGGAAAGGCAUAGUGAUCGACCCGCAGCAAAUAUCAGAAAGAAGAAAAAACUGCAACACGCUUCCGCCUGACCAGAACGUGCGGGUGGAGGACCUGUACAGGAUGUUUAUGUAUCCAGGAAGCCUGUACUUAGAGGAGAAGGCCGCUCCGGACGCAGCAUGCUCUGAGGAGAGCGCGCCUCUGUCUAUAAACGGCAUGGAGGAGGGCGAGUACCUGGAACAGGACGCGCCCGAGACGCUGGUGAGCGAUGCGCAGGAAAGGCCUUCUGCACCACAGAGCACUCUGCUGUCCAGAAGGCUCCUGCAGGGCGCGCUCCGGCGGGCCCGCAGAAACGACAUAGUGAAAGUGAAGGAGAACAUGUGGAGCCAGAUCGAGCAGGGGGAAAAGAAGGUGGACGAAAUGUACACCACUCUGGAAGGGCAAAAGGUCUCUGUGCAGUUCUAUCUGGUUUCCCUCCUCCACCUGGCAAACGAAAAGAACCUGCGAAUAACCUCGGAGUCCGCCGAGCCCCUGCCGAGCAUUGCAGACCUUCUUCUGAACACAUCUACCAUGUCUGCAUAG